AGUUAAGUGAGGGGGGGAUUGGUGAUGCUGAGCAGGCCGGGUGGAGCGAGAGCGAUUCCAUCUUGACCUCCUAUCCAUUCCAUCCAACCGACGACCACCCUUCUCGCCAUGUCAACUCCCCUGGUAACGGUUCCCCUGCGAGCUCUGGCCCGCGCUAGUCGACCCUCCUCACGCCAAAUCCUCACGGCCUCCACGCGAGCUUCGUCCUCUCGAGUCGCCCCGACGCCCGCCCCCACGCUCGCCCGCCUCUCUCCUCGCUUCGAGGCCAUCCGAACCCUGGCCACAACGACGUCCUCCCCUACGACGCAAGUGACCCCCUUUUACCACCAAGCGACGGGCUCUUGGACCUAUGUAGUUACGGACGUCGAGACGCGCCAGGCAGUGGUCAUUGACCCGGUUCUGGACCUCGACGUCUCAACAGGCAAAGUAGACUCUGCCCCUCUUCAACCCGUCGUCGACCAUCUCCGCAACACAAAUGCACGCUGCACCCGCAUCCUCGAGACGCACGUCCACGCCGACCACCUGACUGGCUCCCGCGUGCUGCGCGAGAUGCUCCUCGGCGCAGGUGGGGAUGUGGCCAACAUCCCCAUCGGCAUCGGUGCUGGGGUACGCAAAGUGCAGGAAACGAUUGCGCCCAAGUACGGGAUCAACCUCGAUGAGGUACGAGCUGCCUUUGACGAGUACCACGAGCCUGGGUCGGCCAUCCCUUUGGGUAACUCGCAGAUCCGCGUCCACCACAUGCCCGGUCACACGUCCGACCAUCUAGGCUAUCAAGUCAAUCAAGACAUCUUUACGGGAGACGUUAUCCUCAUGCCCGACAUCGGGACAGCGCGUACCGAUUUCCCCGGUGGGGCAUCCCUCGACUUGGCUGCUACGCUGGAGAAGUUGAUUGGCCUUCCUCGCUCCACUCGCAUCCAUGUUGGGCACGACUACCCUCCGCAGGGUAGGGAGGCGAGAAGCUGUAUGACGUUGGAGGAGCAGAUGGAGAAUGUGCACAUCCAAGCGCUCAAGAAGGGGACGUUUGUUCAGGAGAGGGAGAAGAGGAACAAGGCAUUGGGAGCGCCGAGACUUAUUCAUCCGAGUCUGCAGUUCAACGUGGCUGGGGGAAGAUUGCUGAGGGAUCAUUUCGUGUUCCCAGCUGUUUCGACGGGAGAGGUAGCCAAGGCGGCCUUCCCCAAGCAUUGAGGGCGCGUAGCUUUCUGAUUUCACUUCGUUUAUGCUGCUCCACCACUUUGUCGUGCGAUGUGUAUGCAAUGCUACGACUCUUAUGAC